AAUUAAAUGAUUCAUUUAUCUAGAGGAUUGAAGAAUCAACUUAGACAAGUCACAAUUCAAAACUUUGCUAAUUCUACUAGAGUACCCAAUCCUUUUGCACAUCAUGACGAUCACGGAGACCAUGACGAUCAUGGAGAUCACGGUCAUGGAGAUCAUGGACAUGGAGAUCAUGGUCAUGGACAUGGUGAUCAUGGACAUGGAGUACCUCAUGGUAGAGGCAGACCCAAGGUCGAAUUCAAUACAAUUACUCAACAUAGAGAUCACUAGAACUUAUAUACUUAUUUAUGAGUAGGGUCCUGGCUAUAUGCAUUAUCCAGGUGUCAAUUACAAUGAAGCUCAUGGCAAACCCUAUGACUGGAGAGACGAUCCAAAAUAUAAUCCAGACUACAUCACUCCAACAAAACAUGUUGGUUGUCCAGAUCCAAAAACAUACGUAUGGCCAUUCGAAGGAAAGCUUGUUCAUUUCAAUCCUUCUGAGGCCUUGCCUUAAGAUCAUCUUUACAACCCAUCACUUCUUUUAAAACCAGAAAACAAAUAAAUAGGACAACCAAUCUAACAUUUGACUGCAGCCUAACAAGACUAAGAUGCUGAUGUGAACCAUGAAUUUGAUUAUGAAUCAGAAGAUUGUGAUUUCUAAACCGAGAGCUUCAGAACAUAGCAUUUCAGAAAAAGAGGACCUAUGUGGCCAUGGGCUGCAAUGGCUACUAUGCCAUUAGUCUAUUUCUGGGUUGAAUUCCUUUACCAAAGAUAUCCAGAUGAAGAUCACUGGAGAAUCACUCACCCACCCCCUCUCAACUUCCCUGAUAGUGAAGAUACUGACGAUACUGACACUUAUUAAGAUUAUCAUUCACCAAGUGGUAAAUUCUUGAGGGAUAUUGGUAUUAUUGGAGAUUUGUGGUUUGAUAUUAAGGAUGGUAAGAAGGUAAUGAAUAAAUGGUCUGGAUGCAAUCAACCCCUUCCAGAUAUUUGAAUAAUACAAAAUAAAUUAUCAAAGAAUUAUUAUAUUAACUUAAAAUUGUAAUA